GUAAGGAUAUCCGGUUAGUCAAUCCACUAAUCCACCUUCAGUUCGAGUUAUCAUUGGUGCAACAUUUUCGAGUAGGCUAAAUCAAUCUAUGACGAAGACCCUUAAAAUAAAGUUAAAAUAUUACAAAGUAGUGAUAGUAUGAGUUUAUCACCGUGGGCUGUGACUACGGUUCGCUAUUCUUGUUCAUGUCUGAGUGCAUUACGUCCUGUUCGGUUAUUACCCUGUGAGAUUCAGGAAUCGAAAAAUAAACUUCUAAGUAAAAGUAAAAGUUGGCUCUCACUUCACCAAACUUUCCUAUACAGUGUUCUCAAUCACCGUCACACUCACAGUCUCCACUCUCAGAAUUGCGGUGCUCAAACAACCUGGAGUAGCAAUGGAAUAACACUUCAUGUGAAAAGUGACUUUGUAGUUUCAGGAAGCUCGGAAAACUUUUACGGCUUGAACUUGAACCAUUCUAAAAAUUCAAAAGUUAAACUUGGUUUAUUUGGCCUUGGCUUUGAUGGCAAUAGAAGCAAACGACAGUUUCACACUGACUCCAACAGUAAAGGCUCAAAAGUAGAUGCAGUAAAAGGCAAAACAUUGUGGCGCAGAAUGGCAGCAGCCAAUGUUUACGGUAGAGAAUCAAAGGACAGAAACAGUCCUGCUCAAAUUCAAAUAUAUGAUUAUUUGCUGAUUCUUGACUUUGAGGCUACCUGUGAUAACAAACAUCAACCCAGGCCGCAGGAAGUUAUUGAGUUUCCAGUUCUCAAGCUGAAUACGAAAACCUUGCAAGUGGAGUCAACUUUUCACCAGUAUGUCCUUCCUCAGUAUCACCCGCAGCUGACGUCAUUUUGUACAGAGUUGACUGGCAUUAUUCAAGACAUGGUGAACGAUCAACCCCACCUUCCGGAAGUUUUGCAGAGUUUCCAUAAGUGGAUGGUCUCUGAAGGAUUGCUGGAGCCUGGUGUGAAGAGAGCUUUUGUCACUUGCGGAGACUGGGACUUGAAGACAAUGUUGCCGAAACAGUGUGCUGCAUUAGACUUGGCUCCCCGACCGUACCUCAGAUCAUGGAUCAAUAUCAAAAAGUCAUAUGCUGAUAUGACGGGCACAUUUCCCAAAGGCAUGAUGUUCAUGUUGGACCGCCUGAAUCUGAAGCAUGAAGGCAGACACCACAGUGGCAUUGAUGACUGCAGGAACAUUGCAAACAUUGCUGUGGAAAUGGUAAAGAAGGGCUACAUCUUCAAGGAAAACGGUCACCUUCCACAGUUUUAGCAGUGCUUAUCUCGUUGAUAAAAAGUGCUGUUGUGUGAUUUUAUGAGAAAAGUUGGUUUUUGUAUAUUUUUGCAAGCAUUUAGAUAUUAUUUGUAUUUUGUAUAGAGGUAAUGUUGCCUCUGAAGAUUUAUGACAGUAUGCAUUCACAAUUAUUGUGCAUUAUAAUCACACAACACUAGCAGACAUACAGCUGAAUGCAGUGAGGUAUGAGAGUGUGCAUGGGUUUGCGUGUAUGCGUGCGUGCGUAUGUUUAUGAAAAUGAUGUGGAGGAGUGUUAUUAUAGGGAGGCAGAGAAGGGAUGGGAUGCAUACAGCUUGUGCACCAGAAGAAUGACUUGCAUCAUCCCAGCAACGAAAAAUAAAUAAUAUAAUGUUGUUUGAUUUUGACGGUUUGGCCACCACAUGAAGAUUAUCCAUUUUUUUAACACUGAUGAGUUACAAUUUUCGCUUUUAUUUGAAUUUUUAAUAGUAAUAGUGAGUCUCUUCUUUGUUCCAGUUUAUAAUAUAUAUAAGCACGAAUUAAGAGAAAAAAAUGAGAAUUGAGAAUUGUGUUGUUAAUCCUGAGUUCUCAUUCUCCAUUUGUGGAUUCAUUUCUAGAUCCUACUCUAUUACUUUGCCCUGUUUGCCUUUUCGAGUCGUGUAUAAAGAGUGAUCAAGCAGAAAUGGGUCUUUAGUGAAUGGAAUAAUUGUGUUGGGUUGUUUUUUUCAUUAAGGAAAAAUUGUUUGUUUAUUGGAUAUAUUAUAAAACAUCAAAGUCAA